CUGAAUAAGAUGUAAAUAGUUGUAUUAAAAUGUUUCUAGUCCAGACGCAGAAGAACCUUUUCCGGUAUAAAGCCCACCUUUCCCCAGGCGCAUGCUCAGUGUACCCUACUGCUUUGCUCCGCUUUCCUGCGUCUCAGACUUCUAUCAGCAGGUAAGCAUAUCCGGGAAACUGGGCUCCAGUUGGCUGAUGCAAACAAGAGUCAUGGGUUCCCAAGAGCUUCCCGGUACGUAAACAAAACACGGGUGAUUAGUCUCAGCUCAGGAAUUCCCAUGGCGGAGAAACCGAGUACACAAAGCAGCUGUUCCCACUCUUGGGGGCCUCAGGGAAGGGGAGGAUGAUGGGAGAAGACGAGCAGCUAACUACAAGCCCCAGCAUGCAACGCGCAAUUUGGCUCCUGGCAAAAGGUCCGCGGUGAUGCAGACUGUCCUCCAGCCAGAAAAGAAUACAGGCGUGGCGCUGUGAGCGUGUCCAAGACUCUCCCUGUUUCCGGCGGUUCCUGGCAGGCUAGGUAGCGGGGUCUCUGUACGCCGGCCUGUUCCCCCCUAGGCCGGUGUCGGACCUCCAUGGUCCUAGAGCCUACGGUGUUGCCACCGAACGCCCGGAGCCGGAUGUGACGUCGCCAUGGAGGAAGCAGGGAGAGGUGGAGCGUGGCGCGGUGACGUCCCUCAAAGAUGGCGGAGAGAGAGUGAAGAAACUGUGUUCCCUCUUGGGUUGCUAUAGAACAAGGGUAAAAUUCGAUUCUGAUAUCAAAAUGCAGUAUUCGCAUCACUGUGAGCACCUUUUAGAGAGACUGAACAAACAACGGGAAGCAGGUUUUCUUUGUGACUGCACCAUAGUGAUUGGGGAAUUCCAGUUUAAAGCUCAUAGGAAUGUGCUUGCCUCGUUUAGUGAGUAUUUUGGUGCGAUCUACAGAAGCACUUCUGAGAACAAUGUCUUUCUUGAUCAGAGUCAGGUGAAGGCUGAUGGAUUUCAGAAACUGUUGGAGUUUAUAUACACAGGAACUUUAAAUCUUGACAGUUGGAAUGUUAAAGAAAUCCAUCAGGCUGCUGACUAUCUCAAAGUGGAAGAGGUGGUCACUAAAUGUAAAAUAAAGAUGGAAGAUUUUGCUUUUAUUGCUAAUCCCUCUUCUACAGAGAUAUCUAGUAUUACUGGAAACAUUGAAUUGAAUCAACAGACUUGUCUCCUUACUCUACGAGAUUAUAACAGUCGGGAGAAAUCAGAAGUGUCUACAGAUUUAGUUCAGGCAAAUCCUAAACAAGGGGCUUUAGCAAAGAAGUCGUCUCAAACUAAAAAGAAGAAGAAGGCCUUCAAUUCCCAGAAAACAGGGCAGAAUAAAACAGUGCAAUAUCCCAGUGACAUUUUAGAGAAUGCAUCUGUUGAAUUGUUUCUAGAUGCAAAUAAAUUGUCCACACCUGUAAUAGAACAAGUUGCACAAAGAAAUGAUUCAGAACUUGAAUUGACAUCAGUUGUGGAAAAUACUUUUCCAGCACAAGAUAUUGUGCAAACUGUUACAGUGAAACGGAAACGUGGAAAAUCACAGCCAAACUGUGCUCUGAAAGAACACUCUAUGUCUAAUAUAGCCAGUGUCAAGAACUGUUACGAGCUGGAGAGCUCUGGGGAAGAGCUGGAUCAGAGGUAUUCCAAGGCCAAACCAAUGUGUAACACAUGUGGGAAAGUAUUUUCAGAAGCCAGCAGCUUGAGAAGACACAUGAGAAUACAUAAAGGAGUCAAACCUUAUGUCUGCCACUUGUGUGGAAAGGCAUUUACUCAAUGUAACCAGCUGAAAACGCAUGUAAGAACUCAUACAGGUGAGAAGCCAUACAAAUGUGAAUUGUGUGAUAAAGGAUUUGCUCAGAAAUGCCAACUAGUCUUCCAUAGUCGCAUGCAUCAUGGUGAGGAAAAACCCUAUAAAUGUGAUGUAUGCAAUUUACAAUUUGCAACUUCUAGCAAUCUCAAGAUUCAUGCAAGGAAGCAUAGUGGAGAGAAGCCAUAUGUCUGUGAUAGGUGUGGACAGCGAUUUGCCCAAGCCAGCACAUUGACCUAUCACGUUCGAAGGCAUACGGGAGAAAAGCCUUAUGUGUGUGAUACCUGUGGGAAGGCAUUUGCUGUCUCUAGUUCUCUUAUCACUCAUUCUCGGAAACAUACAGGAGAAAGACCAUUUAUCUGUGAAUUAUGUGGAAAUUCUUACACAGAUAUUAAAAAUUUAAAGAAACACAAAACAAAAGUCCAUUCUGGUGCAGAUAAAAUUCUAGAUUCCAGUAUAGAGGAUCAUCCCUUGAGUGAACAAGAUUCCAUACAAAAAAGUCCUUUAUCAGAAACUUUGGAUGUGAAGCCUUCUGAUAUGACUUUACCACUAACUCUUCCACUUGGGACUGAGGACCACCACAUGCUUCUGCCUGUCACAGAUAAUCAGUCUCCUACAUCAGACACAUUGUUGAGGUCAACUGUGAAUGGGUAUUCAGAACCACAAUUGAUUUUUUUACAACAAUUAUACUGACUUUGUGAGGAAUAUGGAAUUGCUAAGACGUCUCUGGUAGUAAACAUAAACAUCUCCGGUAAGGUGCAUAUAUUCAUAUAAAUUAACCCUUCAUUUGAGUUGUGGCCAUUAUUUUUCAUUCACUGAAGUAAAAGCAUCUGAUGCUGCACCAUUAACUGUGCAAUGCUUGUUUUGCUAUUGGCUUUUAUGUCUACCUUUACACACAGUUUUUAAAGGAAUGAGUUAUACUACAGUAGCACUAUUUGGGGUGGAUGUUUUACUUUCUUUUAGAGCUGCCUUAAUUCUAUUUUUAUUUUUCAUUUUAGAAUUGCCUUUCAUUUACUAAAGUAGAAUCAAUCAGUUUAUGAUUCAGUUAUGACCUGUGGGAUGUGUUUAUUUUCUUCUUCUCAAAAUGUAAACAAAAUCCAUAAUAGUUGUGAGCCCAAGAGUGGUGCUGUUACUAAGCCCCAUAGACUAGUACAUAAACUGUGGGGCAAAAACUCUCGUAUAUCUGCCUAAGAAAAUUUAGGUACUGAGUAAGAAUUGUGCUAUUUCUCUAUUAAUAUAGUCCAUUGGAGGUAACCCUUCGAAUGAAACAAAAAGUGCUUCUCUUAAAAACUAGAAAACUAUAUAUAAAUUUUGUUCAUUUAGAACUCAGUAUUCUGGAGAAAACCAAUGGUCAGCACUUUUGAAUUGAAUUAUCUGAGACUACAUUUUCAAAAUGAGUUUCAAAUAGAUACUUGUUUUUAUCUUACUAAAGACAGUUUCAGUUUUGGUGCAGAUUGUUUUAAUAGGUUUCUAGAUUACUGGAGAUGAGGAAAAUAUACUGAGUUUUGAAAAUUUGUGAUAAGCCUCUCUUAUACCUUGUAUGCACUUUUUAAAAUAUAAAAUCCUAAAAAGAAUUUUCUAAAUAGAAACAAUGCAUAGUAUAAAACACUUGUCUUCUGAAUUUGAUACAUUAUAUUCAUAAAUAGUUAAGAAAUUAACUUCAAUUGUAAGUAAACAUUUGAGUUAUCAGAAAGCCAGUUUAUUAAACAUUUUAUAUUUGAGUUUUCUACAGGUUUUGAGUUUUAAAUUUUUAUAGAUAAAACUACAGCAGUUGGUGCUGGUUGUAGUUUCACAGUAGUCCUUUUCCUUCCUAAUGAACUUAGAAAAUUCAGGUUUAUUCUGAUAUUUACUAGCACUCUUCCUCCUCCUAUUUUUCCCACAUAUUGAUUUAUUUCAUUGCCUAAUCUUUGAACAUUAAAUUAUCAGUUCUUCAAAGUCAGUUCCUAUACUGCUGAUCAAACACCAUGGUGACAUUAUUUUGUAUUUCUGCCAUGCAUUAGUUGUGGCUCAUUUGUUUUCUGCUUUUAAACCUGUAAUAAAAUUAAUAUAUUUUCUAUUGGUA